GCGUAACUUGCCUCUUUCUUCCUUAAUUCUUGUCACUUCCAAUCUAAUGAUCAGAUUAAGGAAAACUCUAAUACAUGAAGUGAAUUCUACUGCCAUUACAGUUGAAUUUUUUGAUGGUUGUUUCCAAUUCAGGAAAUUAAACGCCUGCCAGCUGUUGCAGGCUCGGACGGUCAUGCAGAGAUGGACAGUGCGCCUGGAGCUGACUUACCCAAGCUCCUCGACAACAUGAGAACUCACUACGAAGCCGUGACCGAGCAGAAUCGCCAGGAUGCUGAAAUUAGGCUCAACAACAAGAGCAGAGUGCUACCACAGCAGAUGGCUGCCGCUGCUGGUGCAUCCGAUUCUGCUAAGACUGAGAUGAAUGAGCUGGAGUGGGCUCUUCAGGCUCUGGAGAUAGAGCUACCGUCCGCAGGAAAAACUUCCCUGGAAGCCAGGCUGACAGAGUCAGAAGCCAACUACAAGACUCAGCUUUCACAGAUCCAGGUUCAGAUCAGCGCCCUGGUGACCCAGCUCCUUCAUGUCUGCAGCGAGACAGAGAGCCAGAGUGCAAGCUGCCAGCAGCUCCUGAACAUCAAGACGCGCCUAGAGAAUGAAAUUGAGGCCUACCAUCGCCUGCUCAAGGGGCAGGGCUGGUACAUGAGAAGCUGCGAGUUGGGUGAAGUAGGGGAGCAAGUGGGGCUGGGGGUAAUUCUAGGUACCAGCUUGCUUCUAUUUACAUUCCUAACUAAAUGCAAGGAUGUUAAACUACAAGGGUUGGACAAACUUCCACGAGGCCCAUCCUAACAGUACAAUUUCCAACAUCACUCUUACCAGCUCCAUGAAGACAAUGACCUUGAUUUAUGAACCCAGCUUCCUGGUCCCACAAAUUACCACCCCACACAAGGCACUCCACAAAUAUUUGCCUAACUGAACUGAACUGAAAUUCAGGGCAACACUGUGGCUCUAUCUUCCGUCCUCAGAACACAAGCCCAUUAUAGCCAACAUAUCCUAUGUUUAAUAGUCAUUUGGGCUGUGUAAUUCAAAA